UUUAUAUAUAAAAGAAAAAGCAGGCUUCGGCAGUCAUACAGUAAAAUUUUCGUAAAUAACUAACUUGUAAUUUUCGAUUCAAACCAAAUAAUAAUAAUAGAAAAAAUCAAACAAAAUGGUACGCCGUGGACGUUCAGCAAGCCCCCCACCAUCAGCCAGACGUAGCGCACCCGCGCCCGCACCUGCACCAAUGCCUGCACGUGCCGCCGCCCCCCCGCCAGCGCCCGUCCCAAUGGCGGCGCCACAAAGCGCCGUUGGCAUGCCGGCGGCACCGCAACAGCCAUCGAUGUUCCAGCAGAUGGCUGCCACCGCUGGCGGCGUUGCUGUAGGCUCAGCGAUUGGCCACACCGUCGGCCAUGGACUCACAUCCCUGUUCAGCGGCUCGGGCGAUAAGGAGGCAGCAGCGCCAGCCGCCGCAGCAGCAGCACCCCAGCAACAACAACAACCGUACUAUGCGCAGCCGACGCAGGCCAAUGAACCUCAAGGUGCCUGCGCCUGGGAGAUCAAACAGUUCCUGCAAUGCGCUCAGGGUCAGUCGGAUUUGACGCUCUGCGAGGGAUUCAAUGAGGCGUUGCGACAGUGCAAGGUGCAACAUCAUAUGCAAUAAAUAAAUUACACAGCAGCAACAACAACAACAACAACAACACCACAAAUAUCCUACUCCCCCCAAAAUGGCGAAAAUGUUGAGCUGAAGUUGUUAAUUUGUUUCGUUUUAUUUUCAUCGAUUAGUUUUUACAUACAUAAUCAAUAUAUAAUUGUUAA